GACAGAGUACUGUAGAUCUCGGUGGAUCUCUUCCACAUCAGUAGAAAACAAAAACAUCACCAUGCCAAGCGAGAACCCAAUAGUGUUUUUUGAUGUCACGAUGGGUGGCCAACCAGUUGGACGGUUAAAGAUGGAGCUCUUCAAAGACGUUGUCCCGCGUACUGCCGAAAACUUUCGACAGUUGUGUACAGGAGAAUACAAGAGGAAUGGUAUACCGCAGGGGUACAAGGGAUGUCAUUUUCAUCGGGUGAUCAAAGAUUUCAUGGUACAAGGCGGGGAUUUCCUAAAGGGCGACGGAACGGGGUCACUGAGUAUAUACGGUGAACGAUUCGAGGAUGAAAACUUUGGGUUGAAGCACAGUGGACCUGGUUUACUUUCAAUGGCGAAUAGUGGACCCAAUACGAAUGGAUCACAGUUUUUUAUUACGUGCGCAAAAUGUGAUUUUUUGGAUGGGAAGCAUGUUGUAUUUGGGAGACUUGUAGAUGGGUUAUUGACGUUACGAAAGAUUGAAAAUGUACCAACGGGGCCGAAUAAUCGACCAAAGCUUCCGGUUAUUAUUUCAGAGUGUGGGGAAAUGUAAAAAUCUUGUGUGUGUUUGACUAUGUUGAAGAGACAAGUGGUGUACCAAAAUGCAUACUCGAUAAACGAUGCCUAUCUAGUACCCAUUACAAGAGGCCCUUUAGAACAAAAGUCGACACCCAUAUGGCAAUUUUAGCGACAAAAAAG